AUGCCGUCAGCCUUGGCCAUCUUCACUUGCCGCCCGAACUCGCACCCGUUUCAGGAGCGUCAUGUCUACCUGGACGAGCCCAUCAAGAUUGGCCGCUCGGUGGCACGCUGUCGACCAGCGCAGAAUAAUGCCACCUUUGAUUGCAAAGUGCUGUCAAGGAACCAUGCCCUCGUCUGGUUUGACCACAAGACGAGCAAGUUUUAUCUCCAAGACACUAAAAGUAGUAAUGGUACCUUUAUAAAUAGCCAGAGAUUGAGUCGAGGCUCUGAAGAAAGUCCACCAUGUGAAAUUCUUUCUGGUGACAUUAUCCAGUUUGGGGUAGAUGUGACAGAAAAUACACGGAAAGUUACCCAUGGGUGUAUUGUUUCCACAAUAAAACUUUUUCUACCAGAUGGUAUGGAAGCCCGGCUCCGCUCAGAUGUCAUCCAUGCUCCAUUACCGAGUCCUGUUGACAAAGUUGCUGCUAACACUCCAAGUAUGUACUCUCAGGAACUAUUCCAACUUUCUCAGUAUCUACAGGAGGCCUUACAUCGGGAACAGAUGUUGGAACAGAAAUUAGCCACACUUCAGCGGCUAUUAGCCAUCACCCAAGAGGCUUCAGAUACCAGUUGGCAGGCUUUAAUAGAUGAAGAUAGACUCUUAUCACGGUUAGAAGUUAUGGGAAACCAAUUGCAGGCAUGCUCCAAAAAUCAAACAGAAGAUAGUUUACGGAAGGAACUUAUUGCUUUGCAAGAGGAUAAACACAACUAUGAAACAACAGCCAAAGAGUCCCUGAGGCGGGUUCUUCAGGAGAAAAUUGAAGUGGUUAGGAAACUUUCAGAAGUUGAGAGAAGUCUGAGUAAUACUGAAGAUGAAUGUACCCACCUGAAAGAAAUGAAUGAACGGACUCAGGAAGAAUUAAGAGAAUUAGCCAAUAAAUAUAAUGGAGCGGUCAAUGAAAUUAAAGAUUUGUCUGAUAAGUUAAAGGUAGCAGAGGGAAAACAAGAGGAAAUCCAGCAGAAGGGACAAGCUGAGAAGAAAGAAUUACAGAAUAAAAUAGAUGAAAUGGAAGAAAAAGAGCAGGAGCUCCAGGCAAAAAUAGAAGCUUUGCAAGCUGAUAAUGAUUUCACCAAUGAAAGGCUAACAGCUUUACAAGUACGGUUAGAACAUCUGCAGGAGAAAACUCUUAAAGAAUGCAGCAGCUUAGGGAUACAAGUUGAUGACUUCUUACCUAAAAUAAAUGGGAGCACAGAAAAAGAGCACUUGCUUUCAAAGAGUGGCGGGGACUGCACUUUUAUUCAUCAAUUCAUAGAAUGCCAGAAGAAGCUGAUUGUCCAGGGGCAUCUAACCAAAGUGGCAGAAGACUCAAGGCUUUCAAAAGAAAACCAGGCAAGAGCAAAGGAAUCUGACUUAUCAGAUACUCUGAGUCCAAGCAAGGAAAAAAGCAGCGACGACACUACAGACGCCCAGAUGGAUGAGCAAGACCUAAACGAACCCAUUGCUAAGGUGUCUCUUUUAAAAGAUGACUUGCAGGGUGCACAGUCAGAAACUGAGACCAAACAAGAAAUUCAGCAUCUUCGAAAAGAAUUGAUCGAAGCCCAGGAGCUAGCUAGAGCAAGUAAACAAAAAUGCUUUGAACUUCAAGCUCUUUUGGAAGAAGAACGUAAAGCCUAUCGAAAUCAAGUUGAGGAAUCUGCUAAACAAAUACAGGUUCUUCAAGUCCAGCUGCAGAGGUUACAUGUGGAUAUGGAGAAUCUCCAAGAGGAAAAGGACACUGAAAUCUCCAGCACAAGAGAUAAAUUGCUUAGUGCCCAAGAUGAGAUUUUGCUCCUUCAUCAAGCAGCGGCAAAGGCUGCUUCUGAGCGGGACACUGACUUUGCUUCUUUGCAAGAAGAGCUUAAGAAGGUGAGAGCGGAGCUUGAGGGUUGGAGGAAAGCAGCGUCUGAAUAUGAGAAAGAAAUCACCAGUUUACAGAGCAGUUUCCAGCUUAGAUGUCAGCAGUGUGAAGACCAGCAAAGAGAGGAGGCAACAAGGUUGCAAGGUGAACUAGAGAAGUUGAAAAAGGAAUGGAAUGUAUUGGAAACUGAAUGCCAUUCUCUAAAAAAGGAAAAUGUUUUGUUGUCAUCAGAACUGCAGCGGCAAGAAAAAGAAUUGCACAAUUCUCAGAAGCAGAGUUUGGAGCUCACAAGUGACCUCAGCAUCCUCCAGAUGACCAGGAAAGAGCUCGAGAACCAAGUGGGAUCCUUGAAAGAGCAACAUCUUCGUGACUCAGCUGACUUAAAAACUCUUCUCAGUAAGGCUGAAAACCAAGCAAAGGAUGUUCAGAAAGAGUAUGAAAAGACACAGACUGUACUCUCAGAACUGAAGUUGAAGUUUGAAGUGACUGAGCAGGAAAAGCAAUCAAUCACAGAUGAGCUCAAACAGUGUAAAGACACCCUGAAGCUGCUGCGAGAGAAAGGAGCUAAUCCCACCAUAUUACAACCUGUCCCAGCCGUAUUCAUCGGCCUAUUCCUGGCUUUCCUGUUUUGGUGUUUCGGUCCAUUGUGGUAGAGAAAGAAACCCUGGCCCUGGAUGCCCAUGCUGGCCGCCCUGGUUGCGGUGACAGCCAUCGUGCUGUAUGUGCCAGGUCUGGCCAGAGCUUCUCCGUGACAGUGUCUUGAGUGUGUACACCGCCCUCCCUCUAGAAGCUGGCAUCACUCAGGCUGGGGACAAGCAGAACCAUUUUCUUCCUUUUUACCUCUUAAAACAGCAAAGUGCAAGAAAGAGCUGGAGGGUCAUUGCUUUAACUUAUAUAAAAAUAUAUCUGUCUAUAGAGAGGAUAUAAAGUUGUGAAUUUAUUCGGUUUUUCAUGUAAUUUUUAAAUUAGUAUGUUGAGAUUCUGAAUAUUAUGGUGGCCUAAAGUAGGCUUCUUAGUGCACCAAAUUAUUUAUACCAUAAAUUUAUAGAUAUUUUACUCUGAAUUCUGAUGGCCACAUAAUUCAUUUUUCUGAUUCAAUAACUACUCAAACCGAACAACCAAUACAUACAUGGGAAGAGAGGCCCUGUGUGCUCAGUGCCUAUCAGUUUGAAUAUAUACACACACAUAUAUAUAUAUUUUUUUUACAUAUUUACGCCAUUUUUACUUGUUAUAAAACCACUGAGCUAUUGGGAACAAGACUUAGACAAUUAUUUGUGUGGGUUUUUUUUUUUUAAAGGAAAAACACAUUUGGAAAAUAUUCUGUUAUAAUGAUAAUUGGGAGAAUAUAUACAUGUUUGUUCAGCCUUAAUGUGACUUGAAGAUGUGAAGGACAUCAGCUUAGAAAAACUUUCAUGAGAGAUUGUAUUUUCUUGAGCAAACUGAAAUAUUUCUGGGAGCAAAAACAUAAUUGCAUAAUUUCAGUGCAAUCAACCAAACUGUUGAGUGAAUUGGAAUGUAACUUACUAAACCUCAUGUAUUUAAGAAAUGUUUUCUUUAAAAGCCAAGUUAUCUUCUCAUAUACAGCAGUUUAGAAAGCAUGAUUUUUUUUUUCUGUCAUCUGUUCCUCCAAGCAUGUUUAAUUGAAGGAAGAAUUAUAUCUGUUUAGAUAAGCUUUUAUUGACUUAAUUUGGUUAUGAUAUGGAGCUAAUUCACAUUCAAAGUGAACUGAUGUUACCUACCAAGAUUUCUUGCUUGGGUAAACAAAUGGUCAUUUCUUUUUAUUGUUAAUUGGGACAGCCUGUUAAUUAGUAGCACUAUUCCCAAGAUUGGUAGUGUUCCAUGCACAGUGACACACCUAAACACUGCUUGACAUUAUACAUUUAAAACACAGAGGUUAAAGUUUAGCUAUGGUUUUGUGCAGCACCAUAGUGAUGUCAGUAUCCUAAAGUAUCACAUAGUUCAAGUUUCUUCAGUCAGUGAAGACUGAGAGGGAACGUUGGUGAAUUGGCUUGAAUGUUCUCUGAGAGUACCCGGAUCUAGCCAGAUAUUGAGAUAGGAGUUUAGGAUAUCAUUUGCCUUGUGAUGUUUGGCAUCAUUGUUUUUACUUUAAAAGUUGAAUUUUAAGCUCUUUGGGAUUGUUGUCAGGAGAAUCACUAGAUUUCUGGAGGAAUUAGCCACAAAUGACUUGUAGAAAACGCUGUCAUAUAGUUCAUUUUGCCAUUCUCUGUUGCAGGAGCCACUCCACCACAGAAUGCUGAUAUGCCAGUGGUACCCAGUACCUCUUGUAUAUAGUUAUUGCAAAUACUGUUCCGAAAUGCAUAACUUCAAAAUUACCUUUUUUAAAGUAAAUAAUUGUUUGAAAUCUAUUUUGUAAAGAUAAAACGUACAAUAGAAUUUCUGGAGUACAGAUUAAACUAUUUGCACUAACACACGUGAUGUGCAUGAUUUAAUAAAAUAACUUUAAUCUCCCUA